AUGAAUAAUCAAUUUUCUUUUGAAGGAAAGUAUGAAGAAUCCUCUAAAAAUGCUAUCAAAAUCUUAGAUUUAUUUUUAGACACUCACAAAAAAGCUGGCAAUUCAUUCGAUUAUGAGUGUAUCUCAAAUGCAUUAAAGAAUUUCAACAAAACUCAAAAUGAAAUCGAAACAUCUGAACGGCGAAUCAAUAAGCUUUCAGAAGGAUUGAUAAUCUCUGAAGCAUAUUAUGGCACUAAGCAUCCAAAAAUUAAAGACUCACUUAUAAUAAUUCCCAAUCAAUCCCCACUGCGCCCAGUAACCCAAAAAAUAAAAACCAAGAAAUUAAAUAAAAGCUUACCCCCACUCUCCGUGAGUGAACAAAAUCAUUAGAAAACCCCUAUUUUUGCCCAAAAAACCCACCCUCCGUGAGCGAACAAAAAUUUUUGAUAGAAAAAUAUUUUGUUAUUUAAAUGAUAAUUAUAUAAAUGAAAUCUCAAGCUAAUUCUGUUUAAUUUUAAACAAAUUGUGCUUUAAAACAUAAAUUUUAUAAAUUAAAUUAAGAUUUGCUUUCCAUUAGGAUUUUUUAAAUUUCGAAAAAAAAUUUCUAAAAAUUUUAUAUAUAUAAAUAUGUUUUAAAAAAAAAUUAACCCCUUCUGUGAGCGAGCAAAAAUUUUUUUGUUCGCUCACGGAAAGGGGGGAGUUAGAAAAACCUUUCGACUUUUCUUUAUACAGCCCUCAAAAAUCGUCAAGAAAGCAAGGAAGGAAGAUAUCACCUCCAACACCUCGAUCCCAAGGAAUAUUCAACACAACUUUUGAACCAAAACAGUCAUUGCCAGUUCAAUUAAAGCAUUCUUUCAAGUUAAAGAUUCCUCAGAUCUCCAAAAAGCUUGUCAUUUUUGAUAAACCAACUGUAAAACGUAAAAAUCGAAGAGAUUUAUUGCUGCCUAUUAAAAAUUUACACACAGAAAAUAUCAUGAUUAUUCAAAGGGCAUUUCGAAGAUUUUUAGCAAAAGAUUUUGUGAAGAAAAAGAAAGAGUAUGGGAAAGAUGCACUGAAAAAAGCUUUAAAUGAAUUCGAAGAAUUAAAAAAAGAGCCUAUUGAGGAGUGGAGUUUUCAGGAAUCAGAUUUGUAUAUUCCAAAUUUUAAAGUCAAGAAAAUUUCGAUAUCGAAAUAUGGGCUUGAUGUAAUCCCUGAAGCUAAAUAUGAAAGAUUUAAGUCUCGAUAA